AUGGUCGAGUACACAGAAAGCCUAGUCAAGAUCCUGGACGAGCAUGCUUCAGCAGAGCGGAUUUUCAGGCUGGAAGAAGAAACCACCAAGAUCACAAUCGAUGUAAUCGGCAAAGUCAUCUGUGACCACGACUUCAAGUCCUUGACGACAGACAAUGAGUUCAUGACGACGAUGAGAAACACGCUUUCCUGGAUGCCUGACAUGCAAUCAAUAAACCCGUUCCACAUAUACCAUCCCUUGCGAGCAAUGUUCCAAAAGUACUACAAGUACAAAAUGGAUAAGUACAUUGGAAAGGUUCUCGAUGAACGUUUCGCCGUGAGUGGUGCGAAGCAAGCCAGUGAUAGGAAGACGCGAAAGAAGACCGGGAUCGAUCUUGCGCUGGAAGAGUACUUCAGCGAGAAAGGGCAAGAUGUAAAUGCAACCGACGUCACAAUGGACACCGAAUUCCGUAAAGCCGCCAUUGACAAUCUUCUCAUCUUGCUAUUUGCUGGGCAUGACACAACAGCCUCGACGUUAUGCUACUGGUUCGUCCCUUUGACCCUUUCUCAACCCAAGCAUACACUGACUGAACUCGCUAGUUAUCAUUACCUCCAAAAGUACCCGCACGAACUUACCAAAGUCCGUGCCGAACUCGAUUCCGUCUUCGGCGCCAACACACCCGCUGGCCCAAAACUCACAGCAAACCCAUACCUUGUUAAUCAGCUCGAAUACACCCUUGCCGUCAUCAAAGAGGUCCUGCGCCUCUGGACCCCCGGUUCAAGCGUGCGUAUGGGCCGCAAGGGCUUCUUCCUUACGGACCCCAAGUCGGGCGAGAAAUUCGACACUGACGGGCUAAUGAUCUGGAUGGUAUCCAUGGCCACGCACCGUGACGCCAAGAUCUGGGGCCCGGACGUUGAUGAAUUCAAACCCGAGCGAUUCCUGCCCCAAAACGAAGGGAAGGUUGAUCCCUAUGCGUGGCGCCCGUUUGAGAAGGGACCCAGAAACUGCAUUGGGCAGGAGUUGGCGCUUAUUGAGAUGAAGGUUGUCCUGGCGAUGACGCUUAGGGAAUUCGACUUCAAGACAAGCUAUGAGGAAUUGGGAGCGCUCAUGGGAGAUGGGACUUUGUGGGCUAAGGAUGCGAGCUUUAGAAGUGGACCGAUGGAGGUGUUUGGGGAGCGGAUGCAUCAAGUUCUGCUGGCGGCGGUUACUCUUGCGUUGAGCUCGGGUGUUGUAGCGCUGAAUGCGACGGUGGAUUUGAGAUGGCAUGCCCCGAAGAAGAGCUGGAUCAAUGAUUUGGAAAAGGUUUUGAAUGGCACGGGCACGAAUGGAUUUGUGUUCAAUAGCUCGCAGCUGCCGCAGGGGGUGCAGUAUGGGACUUAUAAUUGGUGCAAUAUGCCGCAUGUUAGGGCGCAGGAGUAUCCGAGGGCGAGUGAGGGGUACCAAUUGGUAUAUGUUGAAGUUUCAGCAUCAGCGUACUGGAGCGUCUACACAAACGACGUCAACCCGUUCGCUCAAUCCGGGUUCAACGGCAGCUGUCAAUUCCCCCAAAUCACCCGCGAAGGCCUCGACGAUUCCUGGCAACACGGGAAAGAUCUCUACGGCGUAUAUCACGACCUCCUCGGCUUCUUACCCAGCAACCUCAGCUCCAAAGUCACCUACCGCGUCACCAACAACCAAAUCACAUCGCAAGUCGCUGGCAUGCUUAUCGACGGCAUGUACGCCCCCAGCAAAACCACCCCCCUCCGCAUCCAACCCACGAACGUCGACUCCCUCGAACCCCAAUACCCUUGCCCAAAAGGCUCCUCCCUCUACAGUUCCUACGGCGUCAGCAGCACAGCAUCAAACUGGACCGCACAUCUAACUGCCGCUAAGCCCCUUUUCGCCUCCCUCGACGCCAUCUCCGGCGUCGCGAGCGAUUCAACAGACUGGCACAAGUCCUUCGACCACUACUACGACAACCUCUCAGCGCGCCAAUGCCACGCUAAGCCACUGCCAUGCAGCAUCAACGACACGUCUGCGUGUGUCACGCAGGCGCAGGCAGAUACCGUGUAUCGCCUCGGCCAAUAUGAAUACUCGUUCAUCCACCGCGAUUCCCCGCUGUCGCUGCAAGCUGCCACCGCGUCGUAUGGCGUGUGGCUAGCUGAACUCGCGCAGAACAUUCGCGACGCGGUAUCUGGAGGUUCGCCGAUUAUCUACCGGCAUAAUGUCGCGCAUGACGGGUCUGUCUCGCGCCUGCUGAGUAUCCUGCAGAUUGAGCAGAUGGUGUGGGUGGGCAUGGGGAGUGAGGUCGUGUUUGAGAUUUACACGAAGAAGGGGUAUGGUGUGGAGGGUUCAAAGAGGUAUAUUAGGAUUCUGUGGGGUGGACAGGUGCUGAGGAGUAGUAAUCCGAGUCUGGGAAAAGUGGAUAUGUUGGAUGUUGAGGUGUUUCUGGCAUAUGUGGAUGGACUGGUAGGGAAGAGGGCGGGGAAGAUUCUGGAGUUGUGUAAGGCUUGA